CUGCUGAGGCCCUCAGGUCCAACAGCUCAGCCAGCAACACAACCAAAUGUGGCGGAGGCACCACCUGCAAAGAGGGCGUCAUCCUGCCCAUGUGGAAGCCGGACAACCCGGCCUUCGCCGACCGCUUCGCCAGAGCCACCAUUUACUUUGUGGGGUUGGCGUUCAUGUUCCUGGGUGUCUCCAUCAUCGCUGACCGCUUCAUGUCAUCCAUCGAAGUCAUCACCUCCCAAGAAAGACAGAUCACCAUCAAGAAGCCAAACGGCGAGAAGGUCACCACAACGGUGCGGAUCUGGAACGAGACGGUUUCCAACCUCACCCUGAUGGCGCUGGGCUCCUCCGCCCCGGAGAUCCUCCUGUCGGUCGUGGAGGUCUGUGGUCACAACUUUGACGCCGGUGAGCUCGGCCCCAACACCAUUGUAGGGAGUGCGGCCUUCAACAUGUUUGUCAUCAUUGGCCUUUGUGUGUCUGUCAUACCCGAAGGUCAGACCAGAAAGGUGAAGCACCUGCGGGUGUUCUUUGUCACGGCCACCUGGAGCGUCUUUGCGUACAUCUGGCUGUACCUGAUCCUCGCCGUCUCUUCUCCAGGGGUCGUUGAUAUAUGGGAGGGGCUUCUCACACUCUUCUUCUUCCCCAUCUGUGUUGGCUUCGCGUACGUGGCCGACCGCAGACUUCUUUUCUACAAAUACAUGUACAAACGAUACAGACCAGGGAAGCAUAGAGGAAUGAUCAUCGAAACUGAGGGAGAACCGGAGCUUCCCUCAAAGGUCCACGUUGAAAUGGACAGAAAGAUGCUCAGCUCGCGAGGGGAGGAGUUGAUGGACGGAGACACGGGGUUCGAUAGGAAGGAGCUGGAGGAGGAGGAGGCCCGCAGAGAGGUGGCCAGGAUCCUCAAGGAGCUGAAACAAAAACAUCCAGAGAAGGAGAUGGAGCAGUUGAUGGAGCUCGCUAAUUAUCAGGUUUUGAACCAGCAACAGAAGAGUCGGGCGUUCUACCGCUGUCAGGCGACCAGGAUCAUGACGGGAACAGGAAACGUCCUGAAGAAGCACGCAGCUGAUCAGGCCAAGAGAGCCAAUCUGCACAACAGCUCCUCUGAGGUUUCAGCCAACAACGCCUCCUCCAAAGUGUUCUUUGACCCUGGUACGUACCAGUGUCUGGAGAACUGCGGCAGCGUGGCGCUCAACGUGGUGCGUCAGGGCGGAGACCUGACGAGCUCGGUCGCCGUGGACUACCGGACAGAGGACGGCACCGCCAACGCCGGCUCAGACUACCAGUUCACUGAGGGAACGGUUGUGUUCAAACCAGGCCAGACCGAGAAGGAAAUCCGCAUUGACAUCAUCGAUGAUGAUAUUUUCGAGGAAGAUGAACAUUUCCUGGUCUACCUCAGCAACGUGAGAGUCACAUCAGAAGGUGCUGGCUCGGAGGGGGGCGGGGCUAACCACGUGGACGCCCUGGCAGGUUUAGGUCUUCCGUGCACCGCCACUGUCACCAUCUUUGAUGAUGACCACGCUGGUAUCUUUACGUUCGAGGAGCCGGUGGUGACUGUGAGCGAGAGCAUCGGGAGGAUGGAGGUGAAGGUGGUGCGGUCCUCAGGAGCUCGAGGAGUUGUGGUGGUGCCGUACAAAACCACGGAGGGGACGGCUAAGGGAGGCGGCGAGGACUUCGAGGACACACACGGAGUCCUGGAGUUUGACAAUGAUGAGAUCAUCAAAAUUAUUGAGAUCAAUAUAAUCGAUGAUGAAGAAUAUGAGAAAAACAAGAACUUCUUCCUAGAGAUUGGAGAACCUCAGCUGAUGGAGAUGAGUGAGAGGAAAGCUCUGUUGCUUCAGGAAGUCGGUGGAUUCGUCCAAACAGGUGAAGAUGUCUACAGGAAGGUCCAGGGCCGGGAGCACAUCGCCCCCUCGGCCAUCAUCAACAUCACAGGGGAGGGGGGUGAGGAGGUUUGGACGAAGAAGGAUGACGAGGAGCGGCGGAUCGCGGAGAUGGGUCGACCAACGCUGGGCGAACACGUCAAACUGGAGGUCAUCAUCGAGGAGUCGUACGAGUUUAAGAGCACCGUGGACAAACUGAUCAAGAAGACCAACCUGGCUCUGCUGAUCGGGACCAACAGCUGGAGGGAGCAGUUCGUGGAGGCCAUCACCGUCGGCUCGGCGUCUUCCUCAGGUGACGAGGACGAAUCCGGCGAGGAGAAGCUGCCGUCCUGUUUCGACUACGUCAUGCACUUCCUCACCGUCUUCUGGAAACUCCUGUUUGCCUUGGUUCCUCCCACGGACUACUGGAACGGCUGGGCCUGCUUCGUGGUCUCCAUCUCUGUCAUCGGCAUGCUGACGGCGGUGAUCGGGGACCUGGCGUCUCACUUCGGCUGCACCGUCGGCCUCAAGGACUCUGUGACCGCCGUGGUGUUUGUGGCUUUGGGGACUUCAGUACCAGACACCUUUGCCAGUAAAGUGUCAGCCAUCCAGGACCAAUACGCCGACGCCUCCAUCGGCAACGUGACAGGAAGCAACGCGGUCAACGUCUUCCUGGGUAUCGGCGUGGCCUGGUCCAUCGCCGCCAUCUACCACUACUCCCAGGGCCAGCAGUUCAAGGUGGACCCCGGAACGCUGGCCUUCUCCGUCACACUCUUCACCAUCUUCGCCUUUAUCUGUUUCGGUGUCCUCCUCUACCGCCGGCGGCCGGAGAUCGGGGGGGAGCUCGGUGGCCCCCGGGUCCCGAAGAUUCUCACCACCUGUUUGUUCUUCAGCCUGUGGUUGAUUUACAUUGUCCUCUCCUCAUUAGAAGCAUAUUGCCACGUACAGGGAUUCUAAGAUGUAUGCUUCUGGAUUUACAAAGGCUCCGUUAUGAUCCUGCAUAUUCUGACAGGCUCCUCCCAUUUCUGUUAUGUGUCUAAAUGUUGUCAGAUUCCUGAGAGUUGCUGGAUUCCUUACGGCUCUUGAGGAACUGCAUCUUCAACAGGUUUUUCAAUUUUGGAUCAAAUCUAUAAUGCUCAUCGGUUCUUUGCUGAUCUGUCGGGUAAGAAACACAGAGAAACAUAUUCUGACGGAUUCUUUCUGGUAGUUUUACGUUCUUUAAAAAGUUGAAACCAUCGUUAACCCCCUGUUUAGUUUAUUAAAUCCCAAAGUUGUUUUUUUAGGCUUCUACUGGUUCCUUGUUUAUAUGAAGGUAACAAAGGUUCUUGCAUAUUUUUGCAGGUUUCUAUUAGUUCUGUUAUUUGUCUAAAAGUGUGGAAAGACGUCCAAGGUCGAUCACAGCUCCUGGAGUUCUCAAGGUGACUGUCGGUUCCUGCAGUUUCACAGGUUCCUGUUUGUUUUUUUCACGGGUUUGGAGGAACAUCAACUAUUUCCUUUUUGGUUCUGCCGGCUUUCUAUGGCGUUGACAUGGUUUCCUAAAGAUUCCGAUGGACACGUAACAGUUCUAACACUUGUCUGAAUAUUUGAACUGUACAGAUGUUGUGGGUUUUUGAAUUGCUAAUGGAAUCAAACAUCUUGGGUCUCUGAAGGUUCCUGAAUGAUGCCACAGAUUUUUGAGUGUCUCUUUCAAUCUCUGAAGGUUUUUGGGGGAACCCUGAAACUUGUGAACCCUCUUUCUAACCUGAGACCCGUUGGACUGAUGUCUGGCUGCUGAGCGCUGGCGACCUCUGAGACUUUUUAGUUUUUUAGUCACUUACCUCCUGAAUAUUUAAAGACUUUUAUCUACAUCACCAAACAUUCACCUGUACCUUUAAGCAAAGUAUUACUUUAAUCUUGACGUGCAUGGAUUUGAAUCCACAACCACUGUAGUGACACCAUCAGCCGUGGUGACGGAGGCGGCUCCUGCUGCAGCGAUAGUGAUGCACCUUUGUGAAUAUCUGCACUGAGUUUGAAACACAGUUAAUUUUGAAGUGUAGGAAGUUCCAUAGUUUGGUGUUGAACCAGAGACUCUGUUCUAUGUGUUGCAGCAGGGAACUUUACUGUUAUAAUGCUGUGUGUGUUUGUGUGUGAGUGCACGGACUCACACAACAUGGACGAGCAGAGACAUCUCACUAUAGUCUCAUGUGAUUGGCUGUUUGGAUGUUUUCCUCUAAAUAUUAAAGUUCAGUAAGUCA